AUUGUUGGCUCAGUAAAAGAAUUAGUAAUCAAGUUUCUAGAAAACAUAAAAAAAUCGAAUUUCUUAAAUAACAUCCACAUCAAGUCUCUAGACGUUGGAGACGUAAUUUCUUACAUUGUCAAUCCCAAUGGUGAAUUAAGCAUAGAAUUUAAUGUUAAUUAUAAUAAUGGGUUUUGCGCAGAAAUAGACAGAAGCAAUGAUCAUAGUAACAUAACUUAA